GGCAGGCAACUUUGACUUGGUCGUGGCCACCCAUCGCUACCCCAUAAUAGGCUUUCGCGUGGAGUUUCUGGACAUGGUCCAGUCCCUUCUCCACCGCAUCUAUCAGAACGACCACAUCCUGACCGGGUUGCGUGGCGGCCGCCUGAUGCGGAGGUCCCGCACUCCGGCGCCCGGUGGCUCGAAUGAGUCCCCACUGUUGCUGGUGCGUGAGAGGCUGGGCGUGAGGGCCACGGGCCCUGAGGGCGAGGGCCUGGGCCUGCUCCAGGAGGCCGCGUCGGUCCCAGAGCCUGAGGUGCCAGCAGACUGGGCUGAGAUAAUCAGGGAGCCUGCAGAAGAGCCCGCAGAGGAGGCCUCAGAGGAGGAGCUUUCAGAGGAGGCCACAGAGGAACCGGCCACAGAGGAACCGGCUGCAGAGGAGGAGGCCGCAGAGGAACCGGCCGCAGAGGAGGCUGCUGCCCCCGAGGAAGUCACUAAAUAUCAGCAUGAAAAGUGGGAUGAAAAGGCCCAAGAUGCUGCAGGCGAGGAAGAGAAAGAACAAGAAAAAGAGAAGGAUGCGAAAAACAAGGUGAAGAACUCCAAAGGGACCUAG